UGCAGAGGUUCAUUCAGUGAAGCAGGGCUCCAUCUCAGCUGUAUUCUCUGGUGUUCUUCCUGCUGGAGUGAAUAUAUAACAGUGAAUAUAUUACAGGCUUCCUUGCAGUAAAUUGAGUGCGUGUUGUGUUGCAGUCGGGGCUGCUGCUGUGCUCCUCCUCUGGCAACAGCUGGCUGAGCAAGAGACGCGUGUCGAGAUCUGAAGGAGAAGCAUCUCAUGUGGACGAGGGGAACGGAAGAGACACAGCGUAGGGAUGCAAAGUGAAGGUUGCGAUGUUGGGACGUCUUUUCUUGUCUCACUCUGAGUUUUGAGAGCCAGAGAAGUGGAUGCUUCAGGUUUGAGUCACAUCCGUAGCUGAUCGAGGGAGAGAGCAGUCAAGCAAGAAAAUAUCGUUUGAAAGGGAAGUUGAUGGUGGACAUCUACAGGAUGCUCUUGGGAAGUGUAAACCGACCGAGGCCGGUCCCUGCCUUCCUCAGGCGCCCAUCUGUCAUCCCAACCCCGCUGGACAUGAAGCCCUUCCUCCAGUUCCCCAUGGAGUCGCCUCACCCGGCCAGCAUCGGCCUCUUCCACAACUUUAAUACAAUGGACCCCGUCCAGAAAGCUGUGAUGACGCACACCUUCGGGCCACCUAUGGUGAAGACAAAGCGGCCAAUCAUCUCCUGUAACGUCUGUCAAAUACGCUUCAACUCAGAGAGCCAGUCUGAGGCCCACUACAAGGGGAACCGCCAUGCUCGGAGGGUGAAGGGGAUCGGGACAUCCAAGACAGCUCGUCUCAAAGAGGGCGACAAGCAGCACCCUCGCCUUACUGCUUCGCCCUCCCCAACAGGCCCCUCGCCAUCUAGCCCUGAGCCUGAUCCUAAUAAGCAGGAUGACAUCCAAUCCUGUCCCAACUCUAACAAGUCACCGCUGACCCCUAGUCGACUUCCAACACCCACACUGAGCUCAGAUGCAGGGUGUCCCCUCUUGACUUCUGUCAGCACACCUUUGCCAUCCUCUCCCUCCCCCACCGUGGCCCUCAGCACCCAUCCUGCAGAUCCAGCAGCGGCUGGUCUUCCUGAAACCCCGUCCCCAGCACCCAGCACUUCUUCAGGGGAGUCAGAGGAACAGAAAGCCAAGAAGCUUCUCUACUGUUCCCUGUGCAAAAUAGCUGUUAAUUCCCUCUCACAACUGGAGGCACAUAACAAAGGUACCAAACACAAAACCAUUCUGGAGGCUCGGAGUGGACUGGGACCCAUUAAAUCAUACCCACGUCUUGGUCCUAAACCCAACCUAGAGCAGGGAGGGGAGCUGUCUUCUGAUCCCAACACUGAGGAACGCACCUUCCACUGUGAGAUCUGCAACGUCAGAGUCAACUCAGAGCUGCAGCUUAAACAGCACAUAUCUAGCCGGAGGCAUCGGGAUGGAGUUGCAGGGAAACCAAAUCCUCUUCUCAGUCGGCACAAGAAGCGCACAGACUUUAUGGAACUUCCAAAAACUUUGGGGGCCGGACUUUUACCAAAUCCUCUGGCUGUUGCCGCAGCAAUGGCAGCCGCAGCCUCCUCCAAUCACCUGGCACUACGUUCUUCUUGCCCAACCUCCCACCUCCAUCACCACCCCCAUCACCACCUCCUACAGGGAACACCCCUCAGCCUGCUGAGGCCCGCCCCAGGUCCCAUCCGCACCACGCAUGGGCCAAUCCUCUUCACGCCUUACUGACGGUGAGAGAAUGAGGACGAAUCAGGAAGAAGCACACUGUGAAGUGGAGGCCUGCGACCAUGUGCCAUCAAGAGCCAAAUCAGCUGGUGUGGCUCCAGCUGCUGUUUCAUUAUAGCCUAAUAAAACCAGUGAACAUAUGACUCUUCAUGGUGCAUACUGUGGUUGCAGACCACUACUGUUACGUUAACAGGGAGAAGCAGAGAUAACGAAUCUCAGACAUUUCAAAGAGACUGUAUGUUUCCAUCCUUUCCAGUUUCCCUUUAUCACUCAACUAUCUGCCAAUCAUCGCAUAGAUUCUGCAGGUAGUUUGAAGAGGAACUUCAAAACAAGUUUCUAUCAAGCAUGGACUUCUUUGACCAUCCUCCAAUCUGCAACUCACUAGUUAUCUUCAUCUAACAUAAUGAUCCACUGUAUCUGACUCAAACCCUACCUCUGUCAUGUUUUAAGUGUUCACCUCUGCAAGGAUUCAUUACAUAUCCAAAGCCUCAAUUUAAUCAAAAACACGCCCGCUGGGUUAAAUAUAGUCGUUGCCUCUGAUGUUAGCUGGUACCAUAAUGUAGCUGUCACAGUAUAGUGGAUUAUACCACUGUAAUGUUUUGUUUUAGAGGCCUAUAAAGAGAAAAGGUACCAUCAUUUUCCGUACCAUUUCUGCAGUUACUGGUAAACACUUUUCUGUACUGUAUGACAAAACUUUCGGCCUAUUUUUACCUCUGUCGGACAGAAACAGGAAGUCAAAGAGGAACAGCAAAAGGGAGGGAAUUACGUCUUAUGUCUUAAAAAUGCUCUGAUGUGUACGUCAACCACAUUCACAGUUUGGUAAAGGUAGACUUGUUGUGAAGAAGUAAUUGCAGCUGGUGCACUAUGCAGCUAUGAGUGUUUAAAAUACAGUAAGCUUGUAAAAAAAAAUAAGAAUAGAAUGAGAAGAAGCACCAGUGCCGUUCUUCAUACUUUAGUGAAGGUCAAGAUGUAACCGUCUCCAAUUAAAUAGUUCCCCUGAUGAUUCACCAGAUUCUUCCUGAAUGGCCACUGACAAUACUGUGCAUGAAUUCCCACAAAGCACAUACUGUAGGUAACAGUCUAUGGUGAAAAAUCGAAUACAUUUAAAAUCAUGAUCUAUCAUUUUCAUCUGCACCUCACUGCACAACACAGACAGGUUUCAGUGUCUUCAUGAAAUAGUUUCAACACUGUGAGCACAGCGGGAAAAUGUAUGAGUUCGGUAGCAGGUCUUUAUGUGCACAUUUAAUUUUACAGACAUCACAAUCCCAUACGAGGUGUGUGGAGGACAGUGGGAUGUUAGACACCAGCAAUAUGUUACAGAAGGAAAAGGACCACAUACUGUAUACACAGAUGAGUAGUUGUAUGCAAAAAAAACAACACAAAAUGGUAGUAAUAUAGGCUUGUAGUGAGAUAAAAAAUGUUUAGUUUGUCUGCUCUGCCUUGUGUACUUCCACCCUACAUGACCCCGAACUUUCCCUGUAAAACUGUCACGAUGGCUUGUGAAACAUUAGGGGGGCGCUUUAGGAAACAGAAACUGUAGCAAUACUUUAAGCACUCCUGCUAACUUCUCUUGUGAACUGCAAUAAAAACAAAAUGUCUACAAAUGUAUGAAUUGUUGUCGAGGAGAAGUGUAUUGAAACAUUACUGUCAAUGUAGUUUAUUUAAAAAAUGAGAAAAGGUACAUGUUGGGGCUUCCUAAUUGUUAACUUAAGACAAAAUCAUGUAUAACAUUAAACUGAGUUCAUGGUUGUAAACAAUGUUGACUGGUGAUUUUUUUUUCUUUUUUUCAAAAUGUAGUGAAAUAACAAUGAAUCACAAAUGCAGUAGUUUAGUAACAUGAUAGCGUGAGUAAUGUUUAUUUCAAGUUGCUUUCUCUUUUGACAUACUGAACACUUCUAAAGUAAUAAGUGACUCACAAACAUCAAACUAUUUGUGAUCAGAAGUUGAUUUCAGUUUUUACAGUUUGGUGCAGUGUGCAAACAAACAAUAAGGUAUGAAAGUUAAAAAUACAGAGCCUAUAGAGGCAACUAAAGAAGAGAAAAGAGGAUGCACAUAAAACAACACACAAAGAAGAAGCGU